GCCGUCAUGGCACAAUAUUCAGGACCGAAGCUAUAUCGGAGUAUGAAAACACUGUCUCCUGUUGAAACAAUGGCUACUAAUGAUCCCCUGCCUCCAGGAUGGGAGAUUAAAAUCGACCCUCAGACCGGAUGGCCGUUUUUUGUGGAUCACAACAAUCGCAUCACUACGUGGAACGACCCCCGGCACGACAGUAAGCGGGGCAAUCAGUUCUCGCCCAACGGCCCCUGUGCAUCUACAGAAUCAUCUCCUCAGGACAUGCACAAGAUCUUUUUUCCGGAGAUGAAACAGCCAACACUGCGUCAAGGAUAUAUCCCCAUCCCAGUCACCCAUGAAAACAUAGAGUCCAGGCAGCAGCAGUAUCCACCAUUUUCUUUCAUGUAUCCAGCAAACCAUCAAAACCUAAGAGCAGAUGGCCGGACUCCAUCCCCAACUCCCACACUGCACUGUCGACCAAGAUCUCCGGUACAGGCCACGUCAGAGGCCGAUUCACAUUGCUUGUCCUGUUCACCUGUCUCACAUGGACCUGAGGUACACCAUGUGCACCACUCGCCACAGGGGACACAGAGUUCUCAUACCAACUCACAUCAUCAACCUUCCAGACCCAGCAGUACAGGCCUCCGGGCAGGCUAUAUUCCCAUUCCUGUCAUUCAUGAGGGGACUGGAGUCAGCCCACAACCCCAGACUGUCCAUCCUAAGCGCUUGUGGCAAACAGAAUACCAACCCCCCGUUCACAGCCGCCAGUCAGAAGAUUGGAGCCCCACAUUUUCCAUGCGAGAAAAAGUCCCAACCUACCGCGAACAAGUGCCCAUCCAGCUCGAGCAGAAUCGCUCUCCAAGUCCUAUCUUAGCACCCAAUAUAAGGGCUCAGGAGCCAGUCAGAGCACAGAUCAUGAGUGACAGACCACAGGUCCAGCAGCAUGUUGUGCAUACAGAGAUUCCUCCAAAAGUUGAUUAUCCUGUUGAACAUCGUACCAGCCCCCUCAUUGAGAUUCCUAUUCAGAGAGUGGCUGAACCACAGCAGCCUAUACCACACCCUAUAUCACCACUGACACAGCAUCCCAUACAAGAACCUGAACAAGAAUUUAAACAGACCCCCAUACAACAGCCUGUGCUACAAUCUGAGCAACUGCCAUCUCCAAUGCCAGAGACCGCUAAUGUAGGUUUCAUGCAGUUUCCAGCAGCACCAGAACCUCAGGAACAAGCAGCUCCACAACAAGAAGACCAACUUGAUGAGAAGGUGGAGCCAAGCUCAAGUCACCCAGGGCUGACAAAAGUACAGCAAAUAUUGGAGCGGGUGGAGAAACUGGCCCAGAAGGUAAAAGGUUUUGAUGGGAAAAAGAAUGAUAAAAGAUAUCUGACACUGGAGGAAUUUUUGACCAAAGAACUGUUGGCUCUGGACUCAGUUGAUCCAGAGGGACGUUUAGAUGUACGUCAGGCCCGACGUGAUGGUGUCCGCAGAGUACAAACCAUUCUUGAGGAACUGGAAACGCUUGGUGAGAAAGCAGAAGCACAGGUGAGCAUCAGCAGCACUGAUGCUGAGAAAGGAGAGCCAAGUUUGAUCAACCAGGCAGACAUGGAGAAGGCCAAGGAGAUAUCAUAACUGCAAACCAAAGCUCUAGUAUGAAAGAGACACCAAUCACAUCUCCUCAGUCUGUUACUGGUUGCAUGCACAAUUAAUUUUUCUGUUGACUGACAGUUAAUAUGUGAUUUGUUUGCUGAGUGCAGUUGUGCGUGCUGUUAUGUGCGCUCUUGUGGAAUGUUCUGUACAAGUGUCUUGUAGCAGGACCAUUGUGGUGACCUUGUGGUGGCUAAGUUUCAUCUUGAAACUCAGUCUCAAAUAAGAGGCCUUUAUUCAAAUGAAUGUGCUUUAUUUUUGCUUUUACUUAGGAGAAGUAUCCAAUGUUUGCCUUUAGUCUUUUUCAUGUAUGAUAAAAAGCUUUUCAAAUUUCACUAAGAAUUCUCACCGUUUCUUAGAAAGACACUGAUUUUAUUAAUUGAUUUUAUAACAGCAGGGAAAGACAAACAUUUAACUAGCAUGAAAAGUUCCAAGGUUUCACAUGAAAAGCAAACUCCUCUAUCUAUUAUUUACAUUUGAAAAACAAAAACUGAUCAGAUUAGCUGUGUUUUGACUAUAAUGUUGUGAUCUUGAUACUUGUCAACAUCAGUAUUAAUGGUUGAAUGAUAUAGACAACAGUGUUAUAUUUCUAUUCUAUUUUUGUGCCAAAAUGAACAUUUUUACAUAUUUUCCAGUGGUAAAAAUGUCCACCAUCUCCAUUAAAGUGUAUUCCCUUAAAAAACAAAGUAUACAUGAAUAAUAAAAGACCUGAAAAUUAUAA